CUGAUGGUGAAGUUCCAUCUUGUGUUCUCUGUCUGAUGGUCAUCAUGUUCAGACGAAACCAAGCAGCUCUGCUCUCUGUUCAGCUGUUAGCUUUGUGCCAAGUCUUCGCAGGGAUCGUUCGAGACGAGCUAAAGAAUAUGCAGGUGUUCAGAGGAGAUUCUGUCCAGUUCACUUGCAACACAUCAGGUGCAAAUAUAAGACAAAUCGACUGGACCAAAGUCAGCAGGACCAAAGGCAGACUGGUUUUUUCUCAUUCAAUCUCAACGAAUCAGACUUUUUCAAAUUGGACCUCUCACAGACUGAUAAUAGACCUAAACUUACCUCCAAAGCUGAAUAUCUUUAAUGCACAGCAUGACGACGCAGGACUCUACACAUGUACUGUAAUUGCUGCAGCUGGUACAGAGACUUUUCAGUGGAAUUUAACGUUGUCUGAGAAACCUGAAGAAAUCAGUCCUUCGUGGAUUCUACAAUACAUACUCGCACCUGUCAUUGGAUUGCUUCUGUGUGCCGUCGCUCCAGCUGUCUGCCUCUGCAGAAAAAGUCAGACCAAGACGCCAAACCAGGACCGGGUCAGGAGAGGGACUCUGAGUUAUGUCCACUUUCGUCUUUGGUUGGGAGAAGAGGUGGCUCCUCUUCAGCCCUGGAGUUGUGUUGAAUACAGAGUGGAUCACAAGCAGAGGGAGGCAGUACCUCGAGAGGCUUUGGCCUGAGAAUCAAUGCAUUCAGUUUAAAAUUGAAUGAGAAACAAGAGAUAUGUUGGACGGAUGUAUGAAAACGGAUUGAAUCCAGCCCUGUAAAAGCCAAAUGGAGCGUAAGACCCCUGUCUGCUGCAGGAUUUUUUUUAAAGGAAAGUUCCAGUGUGUAAGAUUUAGGGUCUAUUGGCAAAAAUGGAAUCUAAAUUUCAUUGUUACGUUGAUUUCAUUAGUGUGUAUAUCGCCUGAAAAUGUUGUUAACUUAGAAUGAACUCUUGAUAUCUGCAAAGGGAGCAGCCACACUGAGGGAUGGUGAGGUGAGGGGUAUUCAGUUAGUUGCAGUCUGCAAAAUCACCACUUGAUGCCACUAAAUCCUACACAGCAAUCCUUCAUUUGGAACCAUAUAAUCCAGUUCUUGCGCUGCGCUGCAGCUGUGCUAUAAUUUUUUAUUCCUCUGUUUACUGUUAUCUUUAUUCUAUUUUACUUUACUUUUAGCAUUUAUUCUGUUACUUGUGUUUCUUUUAUAUCUUAAUGUUUUUAUGUUUUACUGCAUGUAAAGCACAUUGAAUUGUGUUGUUGUUGAAAGGUACUACGUACACAAAUAAACCUUGCUUCACCUAUAAUUCUCUGAUAUGGAGGGUAAAAGAUAAAUAGAUAUUCUUGUUAUACUGCAGGUGGAAAGCUUUUAUCAUUAGAUUACCCUGUAUUCUGUGACUCGUCAAAAUUUGUGACCGGAUUAGGAAUUUCACCCUAUGUCUUCAUCACACUUCAUCGUGUGGUUUAUUUUGAUAGCUGUUACCAAAGUGCCACCACAGUGUUCAGGGACAGGGUCACACAUUUUAGUAGCUUGGAUUUUGAUGUACAAUCAAAGAGGAUUGAGAAAGUGUCACUACAUAUUGCUUGGUGAGGUGUGACUGUUCUCCUGACCUAUACUCUAAAGUUUGUACUAUCGCAGCUAUCACAAUUUCCAUAGAUAAUGCUUCAAUAUGCAGGAUCAUUAUCUUUGCAAAUAAGCUAUCAAGCUAAUCCCUGCCGUUUUGCAUUUCCCCAUGUUCUGUCUAUAAAAUACUGGGUCUGGGGUCAGGGAGAGGUAGUGUGUCAGACUUUGUGAACUGACUCAACUCUGUUGUGGAUCAGGGAAAGGUUAAGUCGAGAUCCAGAGCUCUGUAA